UUCUGGUGGGGAGAGAGCGGAGCAGCAGCAGCCGCGAUGUCCGGCUUCGACGACCCCGGCAUUUAUUACAGCGACAGUUUUGGGGGAGACGUGUCCGUGGACGAGGGGCAGGUUCGGAAGUCGCAGCUGCAGAAGCGGUUCAAGGAGUUCCUGCGGCAGUACCGGGUGGGCACGGACCGGACGGGCUUCACUUUCAAAUACAGGGAUGAGCUCAAACGGCACUACAACCUGGGGCAGUACUGGGUGGAGGUGGAGAUGGAAGACUUGGCCAGCUUUGAUGAAGACCUCGCAGACUAUCUGUACAAGCAGCCAGCAGAGCACCUGCAGCUGUUGGAGGAAGCAGCAAAAGAAGUCGCAGAUGAGGUCACUCGUCCUCGUCCCUCAGGGGAGGAGACUCUCCAAGACAUCCAAGUGAUGCUGAGGUCGGAUGCCAACACAGCCAACAUCCGCAGCCUGAAGUCUGACCAGAUGUCCCACCUCGUGAAGAUCCCUGGGAUUGUAAUUGCAGCAACCCCUGUGAGAGCCAAAGCCACCAGAAUCACCAUCCAGUGCCGCAGCUGCCGCAACACCAUCAGCAACAUCGCGGUGCGCCCGGGCCUGGAGGGCUAUGCUCUGCCCAGGAAAUGCAAUACAGAACAAGCUGGCCGCCCAAGGUGCCCUCUGGACCCUUAUUUUAUCAUACCAGAUAAGUGCAAGUGUGUGGAUUUCCAGGUCCUGAAACUCCAGGAAUCCCCAGAUGCUGUGCCACACGGGGAGAUGCCCCGGCACCUGCAGCUCUACUGUGACAGGUACCUGUGUGACAAAGUUGUCCCAGGGAACAGAGUCACUAUCAUGGGGAUCUACUCCAUCAAGAAAUCUGCGCAGAGCAAGAACAAAAGCCGUUACAGUGUGGGGGUGGGCAUCCGGAGCGCUUACAUCCGUGUGGUGGGCAUCCAGGUGGAUACAGAGGGCUCAGGACAUAGCUUCACUGGCUCGGUGACCCCUCAAGAAGAGGAGGAACUUCGUCGCCUCGCUGCCCUGCCCAACAUCUACGAGACCAUUGCCAAGAGCAUCGCGCCCUCCAUCUACGGCAGCACGGACAUCAAGAAGGCCAUCGCCUGCCUCUUAUUUGGAGGCUCCCGCAAGAGGCUCCCGGAUGGGCUGACCCGCAGAGGGGACAUCAACUUGCUGAUGCUGGGGGACCCUGGCACGGCCAAAUCCCAACUGCUGAAGUUUGUUGAGAAGUGUUCGCCCAUUGGGGUGUACACCUCAGGAAAAGGCAGCAGCGCUGCUGGCUUGACAGCCUCAGUGAUCCGGGACCCUGCCUCCAGGAAUUUCUUCAUGGAGGGAGGAGCCAUGGUGCUGGCAGAUGGAGGAGUGGUGUGCAUCGAUGAGUUUGACAAGAUGCGGGAGGAUGACCGUGUGGCCAUCCACGAGGCGAUGGAGCAGCAGACCAUCUCCAUUGCCAAGGCCGGAAUCACAACCACACUCAACUCGCGCUGCUCAGUUCUGGCAGCUGCCAACUCAGUCUUUGGGCGCUGGGAUGAGACCAAGGGCGAGGAGAACAUCGAUUUUAUGCCCACCAUCCUGUCCCGAUUUGACAUGAUCUUCAUCGUUAAGGAUGAGCACAACGAGGAGCGAGACAUGACGCUGGCCAAGCACGUGAUGUCCUUACAUGUGAGUGCCUUGACGCAGACCCAGGCCGUGGAGGGCGAGAUCGAGCUGAACAAGCUGAAGAAGCUCAUCUCCUUCUGUCGGACGAAGUGUGGCCCCCGGCUGUCAGCAGGGGCGGCGGAGAAGCUGAAGAAUCGCUACAUCCUGAUGCGCAGCGGCACCCGGCAGCACGAGCAGGAGAGCGACCGCCGCUCCAGCAUCCCCAUCACUGUCCGGCAGCUGGAGGCCAUCGUGCGCAUUGCCGAGUCCUUGGCGAAGAUGAGGCUUCAGCCCUUUGCCACCGAGGCAGAUGUUGAGGAGGCCUUGCGGCUCUUCCACGUGUCCACGCUCGAUGCGGCUAUGUCAGGCAACCUGUCAGGGGCAGAAGGCUUCACGACACAGGAGGACCAGGAGAUGCUGUCCCGCAUUGAGAAGCAGCUCAAGCGCCGCUUUGCCAUUGGCUCCCAGGUGUCCGAGCACAGCAUCAUCCAGGAUUUCAUGCGGCAGAAAUACCCAGAACAUGCCAUCUACAAGGUGCUGCAGCUGAUGAUGCGGCGGGGCGAGAUCCAGCACCGCAUGCAGCGCAAGGUCCUGUACCGCAUCAAGUGACCUCCCUGUCCCAGGCUCCAGGAAGGAACUGCUGCUGCCUGACACCUGCCCAGGAGCAGGCAGAGUGCCCCUGGGAGUUGGUGCCUGCUCCUGAAUGAAGCUCUUCCUUGGGGAGCCAAAAGCCCCAGGCCUCUCUCUUGAACCAGGGUUUGGGGUGGUCAGGGUGUCCCUUGUGUGUGCUGUUGCUGCGUC